AUGGCUACGACAUCGACAUCAAAAACACCCUUGGUACCUCGGUCCAAGAAACAUCAACCAUCAUGGUAUCGUCGGAAUAUCGCCAGACCACUAUCCAAGUUGAACCCUUCUAAACUUUUUCAUCCAGGCAAACAAUCCUUGUCAUCGAGAUCGAUAUAUAUCAACGAAGAGUUACCCUCAGAAUUUUACGAUAAGAAAGGAAAACUGUUGAAGAACAAGAAAUAUCCAACGAAUCAAAAUGUCACAUCAAAAUAUACGAUCAUAACUUUCUUACCUAGAAACUUGUUUGAACAAUUUAGAAGAGUUGCCAACAUCUUCUUUGCUGCAAUCAACAUCUUACAAUUCUUCCCUAAAUUCUCAACCAUCUCACCGGGUUUGGUCAUCUUACCGCUCAUCGUGGUAUUGGCGAUCACAGCGAUCAAAGAUGGAUACGAAGAUAUCAAAAGACAUCAGGCAGAUCAUAAAGUGAAUCAUUCGAUCGUUCACGUACUAGGUGGUGAAAAUUAUGAGAAUAUGAACCCGAUGAAAGCGAAAGAGAAAACGUUCGUUCCUGCUAUUCCAUUACCAAAAUUGAAAUCACGAAAAGCCAAGAAAGCAGCACUCUUAGAAGAGCAAGAAAGGCAGAAUGGGCAGGCGAAUGAAGCUCCACCUGGAGCUGAACCCAGAGGAGAGGAUCAUGGUUUAAGCAGGAUGAGGAGUCAGGUCUCGAAUUGGCAGGAUGACCCCGAAGCUGGGGAUGCACCGAAUGAGAUUGGUUGGCAUAGGACGAUAUGGGAAGAUGUCAGAGUCGGUGAUAUUGUGAAGAUCUAUGAUGGUGAACAAUUCCCAGCGGAUAUCCUCAUCUGCUCCACCUCCGAGGAAGAAGAUGUUGCGUAUAUCGAAACCAAGAAUCUUGAUGGAGAAACCAAUCUAAAGUCAAGAAACGGUGUACCUGGGUUAUCACAUCUCGAUUCUGCUCAAGCAUGUACUCAAGCUCACCUACGUAUCGACCUUGACGCGCCUGAAGUUAACAUGUUCAGAUUGAACGGUGCUGCAGUAAAUCUAGAAGAGGUUGAUGAAGAGGGGCAACAUCCGAUACAUCCCAUCACGCUUGAAACCACGUUAUUGCGAGGAUGUGUGUUGAAGAACACAGCUUGGGUCAUUGGUAUUGUCAUUUUUACCGGAGCAGACACGAAGAUUAUUCAAAAUGCCGGUAGAACACCAUCGAAGAGAUCCAAAGUGGAAAGACAGAUGAAUCCUCAGGUUCUGUUGAAUCUGUUCAUCUUAGCAUUAAUAGCUAUGGUCUGUGCGAUUGUCGAUCACUUCAACGAAGUCAGAUGGAAUAAUGAACAAGCCUAUUGGAUGUUAUACGCUGAUACUCCAGGUGAUAAUCCGAAUAUCAACGGUUUAGUCACUUUCGCCAACGCUUUCAUCACUUUCCAAAACAUCGUUCCGAUCUCGCUGUAUAUUUCCAUCGAAGCUGUUAGAACCAUCCAAGCUGCUUAUAUCUACUGGGAUAGGAAUAUCAAAUAUAUCAAGAAUGGUGUGGUGACUAGGACAACAGCUAGGAGUUGGAAUCUGUCAGAUGAUCUUGGUCAAAUCCAAUAUGUUUUCUCGGAUAAGACAGGUACUCUCACUCAAAAUGCAAUGAUCUUCCGACAAUGUUCCAUUGGUGGACGAAUAUAUACUGGUGAUGGAAAACCACCUUCUCACCCUACUCUAACCCAUAUACACAGUGAUCCUCAUCAAGUCCAGAAAGCCUCUUCCGGUUCGAGCGAUUCUGAAGACACUGCGCAAAAUGGCGACGAAAAAGGAGAUGACAUCAAAGUCGCUUUACCCAAAGAAGUUCUCGCUCCUUUCCAUGAUGACGAGCUUGAUAAAGAUCUUGCUGCUCACGAUACCGAACAAUCAAGGAUUCUUCACGGCUUCUUCGCUGUGUUAGGUUUAUGUCAUACCGUCCUUGCUGCCGAACCUGAACCUGGAGUCAUCGAAUACAAAGCUCAGUCACCUGACGAAGCUGCUCUCGUACAGUCUGCUGCCGAUGUUGGAUUUGUGUUCAGAGGACGAGAUCAUAAUAUCCUGAAAAUGUCUACCCCCUUCUCGGAUCAACCGGAUGAGUACGAGCUACUUCAUGUACUAGAGUUCAACUCUGCUAGAAAACGAAUGUCCGUCAUUCUGAGAAAAUUAGACGAAGAUGGAAGGAUAUUCCUUCUGACCAAGGGUGCCGAUAACAUCAUUUUCGAACGAUUAUCCAAAGACAACACGCAACGGGAGCUCAAGCAGAAAACCGAUCAAGAUUUACAAUACUUCGCUUCUGAAGGUUUGCGUACGCUUUGUCUAGCGUACAGGGUACUAGGUGAUCAGGAAUACGAAAAUUGGGCCAGGGAUUACCACAAUGCUACGGUCGCUUUGCAGGAUAGAGAAACUCAAGUCGAGGCUGUCUCUUCUAGGAUCGAACAAAAUCUGAUCCUGCUUGGUGCGACCGCCAUCGAGGAUAAGUUGCAGGAUGGUGUACCAGAAACUAUCACAGACCUGAAAAGAGCCGGUAUCAAAGUUUGGGUUGCUACCGGUGAUAAACUGGAAACCGCCGUUGCAAUCGGUUACACUACAAACCUUUUGACUCAAGACACGAAUUUGAUUGUGGUUCGGGAAGGUCGACACUCAAUUCAAGAUCAGAUACGUGACGCCCUCGAAGGGUUUUUCGGCGGCGAGCAAGAUGUCACUAGAACCCUCUCCAGAGUCAGCUCGAGAUCUAGACCAUCUCACGAGGCGCCCAAUCUUGCUAGAGUCAAUACUGGAGUGCAUUCGCUAGUUGGAAGAGACAAUGGUACUCGACCUGGUGGCUUCUCUUUGGUCAUCGAUGGACACGCUCUCGCUCAUUGCUUCGAAGAUGAUGAGACUGAAAGCCUUCUUCUCGCCCUAUCAACCCAAUGUAACACGGUCAUCUGUUGUCGAGUCUCACCCUUACAGAAAGCUCAAAUCGUCCACCUCAUCAAGGACAAUCUCGGUGUCAUGUGCUUGGCCAUCGGAGACGGAGCCAACGAUGUCAGUAUGAUUCAAGCUGCCGAUGUUGGUGUAGGUAUCUCUGGUGAGGAAGGUCUUCAAGCUGUCAACUCGUCCGAUUACGCCAUCGCUCAAUUCCGAUAUCUCAAGCGACUACUGUUCGUUCACGGUCAUUGGUCAUAUUACCGAAACUCAUCGAUGAUUCUCAACUUCUUCUACAAGAACAUCAUCGGUAUCGGAGUAUUAUUCUGGUACAUGAUCUUCUGUGGUUGGUCCACCACAUACGUCUUCGCUUAUGUCUAUCUGCUAUUCUGGAACGUCUUCUGGACAAUUAUGCCAGUUUUGGCGAUCGGUCUAUUCGAUAAAGAUAUUGACGAUGAAUCCCUCAUGGCUUUACCCGAACUAUAUAGGAAAGGUAGAGAAGGAAGAUAUUUCGGUAUCAAGAUCUUCCUUUAUUAUCUAUUUGAAGGAUUCUACCAAACUGCCGUCAUCUACUUCUUCAUCCAUUACACUUACGUCUCUACUACAAUGCGAGGAGACGGAUAUGAUGUGUACAUCUACGAAAUGUCAACUACCAUGGUGAUUGGUGCGGUGAUGGUGGCGAACUUCUUCACAGGUCUAAACAUCGAUUCAUGGACCGGAUGGACAUACUUCGGUAUUCUUUUCGGUCCAGUCUUGAUCUGGUUAUUCACCGCUAUCUAUUCAAUUAUCCCGCCCUCAUCUUUCUAUACCGGUGUUUAUGGCAAUGACGUUUUCUUAUUUAGAUCAGCGGCCUUCUGGUUUGGUUGGCCUUUCGUCUUUGUCAUCGCUCUAUUACCAAGAUAUAUCAUUAGGUACUUGGACCAGAAUGCUUUCGGGGACGAUAUCGCCAAGAUGAGACUAGUCAGGAAAUAUAACCCGGAUGUCAACCCCGAAACUCAUCCGUUGUUAGGUGGUAAAUUAGGUGAAAAGGAUGAAAACGAAAAUGAUGAUGUAGAAGGUGCUCAACCACAGGGUGAAGACGCCAUCAGAUUAGAAAGGAUGAGAUCCACUUCAAAUCAACCGCAAUCACCUUUCGGAAAUUCUGGCAACACCGAUGACGUUGAGAAUGCUCAGAAUAGCGGAAGACCAAGUUACGAAAGAAACCCUAGGAGUUCAUUCCAAUCAGGUAGAUUUGGGAUGCAUUCGCAAGGAAGGGGGUCGGCUGUCGAUAUGUCAACUGGUUUGUCACAAGAACCUUCAAGGGGUUAUGGAUUUACGAUGGAAGAAGGUGGUGUAGCUAUCCAACGGAUGCAAUCCCGAUUAUCUCAGCAUUCCCAACAUUCCAACCGAUAUCGAUUCAUCCCUCGAAUGGGUGGUCAAUCCAAAGAACCCUUCCAGACUGCUCCAAUCCAGCAGAAAGGAGGUAUGGCCAAAAUACGCGAAAGGGCAGGAUCGAUCUUAUCGCGUAAGAGAGCUGGUACCGAUGCGACUCAUCAUUCCGGUGGAGCCGGUGGAGUAGCUGAGUCACCAACUAAAUCAGGUGGAUUCCUUUCACCAGGUGGAAGUGGUGGCUUGAAGAAGAAGCAGAGUACGAGACAGUGGGAGUCGCAGGGACCUGAUAGAGAUGAAGAAGAAGGAGAGGAUCCAGAGUUGGGUAGGGAUCUGGGUAGUGGUCAGAAUAUGGCACCGCCCGAGAUACCAAGAGUAUAA